AUGUUGGCUUCUCGUCUCUUCAAGUCUGUCGCCGCUAAGCGUGCUUUCUCUACUUCUGCUGCUAACCUCUCCAAGGUUGCUGUUCUCGGUGCUGCUGGUGGUAUCGGUCAACCUUUGUCUUUGUUGUUAAAGGAAAACCCUCACGUCACCCACCUUUCUCUCUACGAUAUUGUCAACACUCCCGGUGUUGCUGCUGAUCUUAGCCACAUCAACACUAACUCCAAGGUCACUGGUCACACUCCCGAAAACGAAGGUUUGGAGGUUGCUCUUAAAGACGCCCAUGUUGUUGUCAUUCCCGCUGGUGUCCCCCGUAAGCCUGGUAUGACCCGUGACGAUUUGUUCAACACCAACGCCUCUAUUGUUCGCGACCUCGCCACUGCUGCUGCCAAGCACUGUCCUGAUGCUCACUUCCUUAUCAUCUCCAACCCUGUUAACUCUACCGUCCCCAUCUUUGCCGAAACCUUGAAGAAGGCUGGUGUCUUCAACCCCAAGCGUCUCUAUGGUGUCACCACUCUUGAUGUUGUUCGUGCUUCUCGUUUCGUUGCUGAAAUCAAGAACCUCGAUCCCAAGGACGUCAAUGUCACUGUUGUUGGUGGUCACUCUGGUGUCACCAUUGUCCCUCUUCUCUCUCAAACUGGUAUUGAAUUCACCAAGGAAGAAUUAGAUGCUUUGACCCACCGUAUCCAAUUCGGUGGUGAUGAAGUUGUGAAGGCCAAGAACGGUACUGGUUCUGCCACUCUCUCUAUGGCUUACGCUGGUGCUCGUAUGGCCAACUCUGUCUUGGAAGCUACCGUUGGUGGUAAGAAGGGUGUUGUCGAACCUUCUUUCGUCAAGUCUGAUGUCUUUGCCUCUGAAGGUGUUGAAUACUUCUCUACCAACAUUGAACUUGGUCCCGAAGGUGUUGAAAAGAUUCACGGUCUCGGUGAAAUUUCUGACUAUGAAAAGGAACUCAUCUCCAAGGCUGUUCCUGAAUUGAAGAAGAACAUCACCAAGGGUAACUCUUUUGUUCAAUAA